UUUCGUGAUGAUGCUCGUGUGUGGCCGCUCUGGCGCCGGCGCCGUGACGGCGGCCGCCAGCCUUCCUCGGCUUGCGCUGUCGAGGGGGAGGAGGUGCGGGCGGAGACGGCGGAGGUGCACCGUGGCGGCGGCAAUUGGCGCGCCGGAGCUGGAGGAGGGGAAGAGGGCGACGGUGAGGAGCAAGGCGGGGGACGAGCUGGAGGUGUGCCGGGUGGUGAACGGGAUGUGGCAGGUGAGCGGCGCGUCGUGGGGGCGCGCGGCGCCGGCGGCGGCCGUGGACGCCAUGCUCGCCUACGCCGACGGCGGGCUCGGCACCUUCGACAUGGCCGACAUCUAUGGACCGGCGGAGGAUUUAUACGGCAUGUUCAUCAACAAAGUCCGGCGCGAGCGCCCGCCCGAGAUGCUGGAACAAGUCAGGGGGCUUACGAAGUGGGUGCCGCCGCCGGUUAAGAUGACAAGAAGCUACGUUGAGGAGAACAUCAACAGGUCCCGGAAGAGGAUGGACGUCGCUGCCCUGGACAUGCUGCAGUUCCAUUGGUGGGACUACGCAAAUCCCGGAUAUCUAGAUGCACUAAAGCACAUCACAGACCUGAAGGAGGAAGGCAAGAUAAAGACUGUAGCUCUGACGAACUUCGACACAGAGAGGCUGCAAAUAAUCCUAGAAAAUGGAAUACCUAUUGUCAGCAACCAGGUUCAACAUUCUAUUGUGGAUAUGCGCCCGCAGAAAAAGAUGGCAGAGCUUUGCGAGCUUACCGGAGUCAAGCUUAUCACGUACGGCACGGUGAUGGGUGGCCUAUUGUCUGAGAAGUUCCUCGACACCAACAUCAACAUACCUUUCGCUGCACCUCCUCUGAACACCCCAUCCCUGCAGAAGUACAAGAGAAUGAUCGAUGCUUGGGGUGGCUGGAGCCUGUUCCAGGCUCUGCUCCAGACCUUGAAGAAGGUGUCGCUGAAACACGGCGUCCCAAUCUCGACCGUCGCCGUAAGAUACAUACUGAACCAGACAUCGGUGGCGGGCUCGAUGGUGGGCGUGAGGCUGGGGCUGUCGGAGCACAUCAGGGACACCAACGCGAUCCUGUCGCUGCUGCUGGACGAGGAGGACAUGGGCAGCAUCGCCGAGGCGUCGCAGCGGGGCCGGAACCUGAUGGAGGUCAUCGGGGACUGCGGCGACGAGUACAGAGCCUAGUGGUGAUUUUAACAUGGCCGCAUGUGCUCCCACGACGAUGUAUACAUACCACCUUAACAAAUGAAAUGAGAUUAGAGUGGCAAUCAUGGAGAGAAAAAUUGGUUUGCAGAGGCAUGGAGACAGAUGGACAGAGAGGCAUGGAGACAAGGAGGAUCAUGUGCUCCACCGAAAGGAGGAUCAUGGUGGUGGACAGAUCUCCCUGGCCAACAGGGAGCAUAUCCCGGCAUUGGAGACCGAUCUGAUUAUGGCAUGAUAAUAUAUUUUAAUUGCAGCAAGUAUAAAAUUCAUGGAAUCAUCGUGUUGAUGGUGAUGCUUUGCCGUGCACAUUGUUAUUAGUUGCUCCUCUGUUUGGGAAUAUAUGAGGAUCUUGGACAGCAAGACAGUGUCUAAAUAUGAAAUUUGACCAUUGUUGUGUUC